UAUCUUUUUACCCUAUCUUUUGUUUCUGCUAACGCUCCUUUCCCCAACUCUGUCCCUGUCUCUCAGACCUUCCAUAAUCCGAUGGAGUGAGAAGGUUGCAAAGGUUAUCUCCUGCUGUUAAUAGAGGAAACAUAAAGGAUGGGAGAUUCUAUGGCACUCCAAUUUCGAAAUAAGAAUAUGGUUGAGCCUGGUAAUGGUUGGGAUGCCAUUCCCAAUGGCGUCCCGGAAAACGAAGAGUUUGAUAGCAUACUCAAUAUUUUGGAUUUUCCUUUGGAGAGCUUGGAAGAUGAUGGGUUUGUGGCUGAUUGGGAUAUCAGCAAGUCUCAAUGUCUUGGGCCCAUACCGUCUAACGAGCUAAUUGGGCCCCCAACCGCUUCCAACACCAAGGUUGAUUCUAGGUUUUCUCCCCAUUUGUCGACUGGACUCAGUGCUCCUAUUAGUGGAGCCCAAGAGCAAAAGCAACAGCCGAACCUCGUCUCGACCCAAGAAUCCACCUCUUUCCAGAGCCAAAGCCCGGUAUCAGUCCUCGAGAGCAGUGGGUCCUCCUCAGCUUCCAGCAAGAACCCAAUCCCUGUGCGUGCCCGAUCCAAAAGGCCCAAACAGAACCGUAGAAAUCCCUGGCUCUCAGCAUCAUCUCAUUUCACCUCCACAUCCAAACGGGCCUCAAAAGACAAGUUGAGUAAAAAGAAGUCAGAAGAUGAGGCUGAGAAAUCGGUGCCGCGGGCCCCACCAAGUUGCCCCAAGAAGUGCACACACUGUGAGAUUACCAAGACCCCACAGUGGAGAGAGGGCCCAUUGGGCCCAAAGACGCUGUGCAAUGCUUGCGGUGUCCGGUACCGUUCGGGCCGACUGUUCCCAGAGUACCGGCCCGCGGCAAGCCCAACUUUUGUCCCCACCUUGCACUCAAACUCACACAAGAAAGUGAUAGAGAUGAGGAACAAAGGGAAGAAGCCAAAGGUGAAUGGCGAGGACGAGGAGGAGACGAUGGUUUCGUCACCCCAGCCUGAGUUUGUGCCGAUGAGUAACUAUUUGUUUGAUUAUAUUUACUGAAAAAUGAGGGUCGUGAGUACUUAGUUGACCGAUUUAGUUUGAAUUUUGUUGUCAACCGUGCCAUCUUUUUUUCUUUUUAGUGACUCUUAGUUAAGAGUGGUGUACAAAAUGUGGGUACUGAGUGGUACCAAGUCUUAAGGUUAGAGUUAAGGUUAUGAAAGUGGAGCUACUAGACAAGAAAUGUGCCCUGGAUUAUUGACAUAUUCUUUUUUUCUUUUUUUCUUUUUUUGGGUUGCUUUUGGAUUUAGUGUGUGCCCGGAUGUUAUCUUGAUGGUAAGAAAUUAAAGUCUUCUUGGUUUGGUGCUUGGCUUGGUUCAAUCCCAAGAUUCGGCCAUUUGUAGAUAUGUUACAGUUUUGGCUGUGGA